AUGCGUCACACAGGAGAGCGACCACAUGGAUGCCACCUAUGCCCCCAGAGCUUUACACUAAAGGGUAAUCUGAAAGUCCACCUACGCACUCACACGGGUGAACGGCCAUAUCAAUGCCCCAUAUGCCUCAAGAGCUUCAGUAUAAAGAAAACUUUAUCUCAACACGUGCGCAUUCAUACGGGUGAGCGUCCGUAUCAAUGCCACGUAUGCCUCAAGACCUUUUCAGGCAAUGGUAAUCUGAAAGUCCACCUACGCACUCACACGGGUGAACGGCCAUAUCAGUGCUCCAUAUGCCUCAAGAGCUUC